UAAUAUCCACAAGCUACGCUGCAGUGAUAUCAGCGCGUCGAAAUGAAUAUUCAUGAGCUCAGCCUUCGCUGUAGUAGGAUUCGAGAUGUCUCUCUCCGGAUGUGUUCAUCGCAGGCGGUAGUGAACCAGCAGCAGCAGCAGCAGCAGCGGAGGCAGCGGUGAGUGAGGUGAGCGAGUGAGAGCGACUCUCUCAGCAGCAUCAUGGCGGAGCAGAGUGACUCCCCGGCGGCCGUCCAAACCCCGCAGCCGGCGCUCACCACCAGCUGGCCCAUUGUCAAGGAGGCGUACGAGCUACAGGAGGUGAUCGGUAGCGGAGCCACAGCAGUCGUCCAGGCAGCGCUUUGUAGCCCACGACAGGAGCGUGUGGCCAUCAAGAGAAUCAACCUGGAGAAAUGCCAGACCAGCAUGGAUGAGUUGUUGAAAGAGAUUCAAGCCAUGAGCCAGUGCAACCAUCCAAACGUGGUCACCUACUACACUUCAUUUGUUGUGAAAGAUGAACUUUGGCUCGUCAUGAAGCUCCUGAGUGGAGGAUCAGUGUUAGACAUCAUAAAGCACACGUUCAACAAAGGAGAGCAUAAAAACGGUGUCCUAGAUGAAUCCACAAUAGCAACCAUUUUGAAGGAAGUACUGGAGGGAUUAGAUUAUCUCCACAAAAACGGGCAGAUUCACAGGGACGUGAAGGCUGGUAAUAUUCUACUGGGAGAAGAUGGAUCGGUGCAGAUUGCAGAUUUCGGUGUGAGUGCUUUUCUGUCCACCGGUGGAGACGUCACUAGACACAAAGUGAGGAAGACGUUUGUGGGGACCCCGUGCUGGAUGGCUCCAGAGGUGAUGGAGCAGGUACGGGGUUACGACUUCAAAGCUGACAUUUGGAGUUUCGGAAUCACUGCCAUUGAACUUGCAACAGGCUCUGCGCCGUAUCAUCGGUACCCCCCUAUGAAGGUUUUAAUGCUCACGCUGCAGAACGAUCCUCCAACCCUGGAGACUGGGGUUGAGGACAAAGAGAUGCUUAAGAAGUAUGGAAAAUCUUUUAGAAAACUUAUAUCCUUGUGCCUUCAGAAGGACCCUGCAAAGAGGCCCACUGCAGCCGAGCUUUUGAAAUGUAAAUUUUUCCAAAAGGCUAAGAAUCGAGAGUACUUGAUUGAAAAGCUGCUUACUAAAGGACCAAAUAUAAACCAGAGAGCCAAAAAGGAUCCAGAGCAGAGGAAGCAGCACACAGAGAAGGAUGCUGGGAGACGGGUCAGAAGGGUUCCGGGGUCGAGUGGUCACCUGCACAAGACUGAGGAUGGAGACUGGGAAUGGAGUGAUGAUGAAAUGGAUGAGAAAAGUGAAGAGGGGAAGGCUGCUUUCAAUCACGGAAGGUCACGAAGGGUCAAAGACGAAAACCAGCAUGGAGAAGUGAAUGCUAACAGUCUCCCGCUAGAGGACCUGUCCAUUCAGCAUCCCCAGGUUCAACCGUUGGAGAAACCCUCAAGCGUUCAGGGAGCGGUCAACAUGGUCCUGAGGUUAAGGAACUCAAGGAAGGAGUUGAAUGACAUACGGUUUGAAUUCACUCCAGGGCAAGACACUGCUGAUGGAGUUUCUCAGGAGCUCUUCUCUGCUGGUCUGGUCAAUGGUCAUGAUGUUGUAGUGGUGGCUGCUAACCUUCAGAAGAUUGUAGAAGACCCGAUUACCUAUAAAGUAUUGACCUUUAAGUUGGCGUCUGGUUGUGACAGCACAGAGAUCCCAGAUGAGGUGAAGUUGAUUGGCUUUGCCCAGUUGAGCGUCACCUGAUAGCAUCUCAUUACCACAGCAGAGGGAGUUUCUGUCGGAAGAGACCGAACGCUGCAGGAGACGGCGGGAGGGGGUUCACUACCACACUGAAGACCUCUGCUGCAAACUCCCACACCCCCCCGAUCCCAUUCAGGUUUUCCUUCUCCUCCCGAUUCACCUGCCCUCGCCCUCCAGAAUGUUUGCACCUGUUCAAUCAAACGCAGCGCUCUUAUUCAAACACACACACACUCACAUCCUCUUUCCCAGAAGCUGUAUUUGCCUUUCACCAAAACAUUCCAGCACCCAUUUCCUAAAAUUCAAAGCAGGAGCCCAUCAUCUCAGGAGGCAAUAGCUAGUAAAACAAAAAAGAAAGUUUUUUUUUUUUUCUUCUUCAAUUAUUAUGAUUAAGAUUGCGUUACCUCUGCUUUCAACAAAGCUUUUACCGUAUUAUUAUUAUAAUUAAUGAAAAAAAUGCCUUUUAUUUCACGUCCUCUUGUAUGUAUGUGGAAGAGUAGCUUCUCUGUAGACCACAAAACUGAAGUGGAGACGUCUCCCUCUGAAUGUAAAAAGCACAUUUUCAUUCUGAAUCUUAUUUUAACACCUUUUAACUGUACUGUACAUAGAGACCUUCUGAUGUCCAAUGAAAAAUAAGGGAAUAUUUCAUUUUUUCUUUCCAGAGGACUGAACCGAAUGCUGCCAUGUGCAAACGUACUGCUUAAUUUUUUCAGGACAGUGUUGAUGCUUCAAAGCUAGAGGUGCCUUGUUUUUUUGUUUUUUUAAUCUGUGCCUAAGAGAUGAGGUAAGAAGCUUGAAGCUGUUCUACUGACACCGAACAGGAAGGACGCUGAUUCGUCGAUUAGUAUUUUCACUGGUCAGUGGCUCGCUUUCAAGUUAACUGCUGAUGCACUUUGAUUUCACCUUCGGCGCUUUGACCCGACACAACUAUCCAGAUUUAACCUGUUAAAACAAGGCCAUCGCUACCACUACGCACACCUAAAUCCUGAUGUAUUGUAUUUACAAUAAGACCAUCGAUGGUUAUGCGCCAUUUUACAGCACUAGAAUGUUGUUUUUGAACCCAGAAUGCAUCUGUCUAUCAGCAAACGUGAAGUAUUUUGUAAAGGAAACCAAAUGUCUACUACUGAAUGACAGAAAAGCCAUCUGUGUGUCCAAAACGAGUAGCUUGAAUUAAAUUAUUUUGUUCUCAGCCCAAAUGUAAAUAAUGUUAACUAAAUACUUUAUUAUUAUUAUUAUUAUUAUUAUUAUGAAGUUGAUUUGUGUUUUCUAUAUACCAUGCGUGUACCCUACCCUCCCUUACUAUUCAGCCCAUGUUCCCUUUCUGUAAUCAGCAAAGAAUAUAAACUUUCUGCGAAGGUACAACAAAUAAAAAAAGAAUUGCUACUAUUAAA